AUGUCCAACUCGAAGACGCCUGAGGGCAUCUUCUCCUUUCUUGAUACUGAUUUGUACAAGCUGACAAUGCAAUGUGCGGUACUCAAAUACUUUCCUACCGUCGAGGUCGAAUACAAAUUUACCAAUCGAACACCACAGAUGAGAUUGAACAAACUCGCCUUUGCGUGGUUGCAGCAACAGGUCAAGAAGCUGGGGAACAUCACAUUGGCGCAGCAAGAGUUGGAGUUUCUGAGGAAACACUGCCCGUUUCUGAGCCCCAAAUACCUGAGUUUCUUGCAGACUUUUCAACUGCGGCCUGCAGAGCAUGUGGAACUCAAAUUCAGGCCGGUGGAUGAACUCUAUGGAGAUCUGGAUAUAAUGACGAAGGGACUGUGGGUAGAGACCAUCCUGUACGAGAUCCCCUUGCUUGCAUUGACAAGCGAGGCAUACUUCAAGUUUGUGGAUCAAGACUGGGAUCACGAAGGACAAGAAGACAAUGCGUAUGCAAAAGGCAUUGAGCUGCUCAAGGCGGGCUGCCUGCUGUCAGAAUUUGGCUCUCGCAGAAGGAGGGAUUUUCAGACACAAGAUCUGGUGAUCAAAGGGUUGGUGAGGGCAUCAGCAGAAAAGGGUCUGCCUGGAAAGUUGACGGGCACUAGUAAUGUCUACUUUGCCAUGCGUCAUGGGAUUGCUCCAGUUGGGACCGUUGCCCAUGAAUGGUUCAUGGGGAUCGCUGCACUUACUGGGGACUAUGAGAAUGCGAACGUACAAGGCCUCAAUUACUGGCUGGAGUGCUAUGGCAAAGGUGUGCUAGGAAUUGCGCUGACAGACACCUUUGGCACAGUGGAUUUCUUUCGAGCUUUCAACACACCGAUACCGAAGAAGAUGUGGCCAUCACACGACGACAAGUCGGAGAAGCCGGGUGAUACAUCUUCUGUGUCCAAACAACCCACUUAUGCGGAGGUCUUUACAGGGAUCAGACAGGACUCUGGUGAUCCAAAGGAAUACGUUAAGGUUGCAGGCGAUUUCUAUAACUCCAUAGGGAUCAGUGGGAAAACGAUAGUCUUUUCAGAUUCUUUGGACGUUGAGAAAUGCUUGGAGUACAAGAAAGUGGCGGAGACAUAUGGAUUCAAACCAGCAUUUGGGGUGGGAACCUUUUUCACCAACGACUUUAAACUUAAGUCAGACUCGCAGACCAAGUCGAAGCCACUGAACAUUGUGAUCAAGUUGUCCAAAGCAGGCGGAAACCCGGCCAUCAAGAUAUCAGACAACAUUGGUAAAAAUACAGGAGACGCCGACACAGUUGAGGAUGUCAAACGUCGGCUGGGCUACCUGGAGAAGCAGUGGAGUGCAGGCGAUGAAGCAAAGCGAUGGUGA